AAGGCCACUUUGGAGAGGUUGUUCCUUCUCAGCGCAGGGGAAAUUGUUUCGAGUAGGUGUUGUCUUGAGACUGCCAGUUUUCAAUUGAGUGUAGCUAUGCGGUUUCUGUGGAUUGCCUGCCUUGUGGCAGUAGCCAUUGCGGCUGAUGAGAAAGACCAGGAUGCUAAGAAGAAGGAGUAUGGUACCGUGAUCGGUAUUGAUCUUGGAACAACGUAUUCCUGUGUCGGUGUGUUCAAGAAUGGACGCGUUGAGAUUAUUGCCAACGACCAGGGUAACCGUAUUACUCCCAGCUACGUAGCUUUCACUGCUGAUGGUGAUCGUCUGAUCGGAGACGCCGCCAAGAACCAGCUGACUUCCAACCCCGAAAACACCGUCUUCGACGCCAAGCGCCUUAUUGGUCGCUCGUGGGAUGACGACAGUGUCAAGAAGGACCUCAAGUACUGGCCGUUCAAGGUCUCCGAGAAGAACUCCAAGCCCCACAUCUCCGCCGAGGUCAAGGGCAAGCAGACUCUUUUCGCCCCUGAGGAAAUCAGCGCUAUGGUCCUCACCAAGAUGAAGGAGACCGCCGAGGCUUUCCUGGGUACCAAGGUCACCCACGCCGUUGUUACCGUCCCCGCUUACUUCAACGACGCCCAGCGUCAGGCCACCAAGGAUGCCGGUAUCAUCUCUGGCCUCAACGUUCUCAGAAUCAUCAACGAGCCAACUGCUGCCGCUAUUGCUUACGGACUGAACGAGAAGGGAGGUGAGAAGAACAUCCUCGUCUUCGACUUGGGCGGUGGUACCUUUGAUGUGUCUCUUCUGGUCAUCGACAAUGGUGUCUUUGAGGUCGUCUCUACCAGCGGUGAUACCCAUCUUGGUGGUCAGGACUUUGACAACCGUGUCAUGGAGCACUUCAUCAAGCUCUUCAAGAAGAAGAAGGGAAUGGACAUCCGCAAGGACCAGCGUGCCGUUCAGAAGCUCCGCCGUGAGGUUGAGAAGGCGAAGCGUGCCCUCAGCUCUGCCCAUCAGACCAGAAUCGAGAUUGAGGCUUUCUACGAUGGCGAGGACUUCUCCGAGACUCUGACCCGUGCCCGCUUUGAGGAGCUCAACAUGGACUUGUUCCGCUCUACCGUGAAGCCUGUCCAGCAGGUCCUCGACGAUGCUGACCUUGGCAAGACUGACAUCCAUGAGAUUGUCCUGGUCGGUGGCUCCACUCGCAUCCCCAAGGUUCAGCAGCUCGUCAAGGAGUUCUUCAACGGCAAGGAGCCAUCCCGUGGCAUCAACCCCGACGAGGCCGUCGCCUACGGUGCAGCUGUCCAGGCUGGUGUGCUGAGCGGUGCCAGCUCAACUGGUGACAUGGUCCUUCUCGACGUCAACCCUCUUACUCUCGGUAUUGAGACCGUCGGCGGUGUCAUGACCAAGCUCAUCCCGCGUAACUCUGUUGUGCCAACCAAGAAGUCCCAGAUCUUCUCCACCGCCGCUGACAACCAGCCCACCGUCACCAUCCAGGUGUUCGAGGGUGAGCGAUCCAUGACCAAGGACAACAACCUGCUCGGCAAGUUUGACCUGAACGGCAUUCCCCCAGCACCGCGUGGCCAGCCCCAGAUUGAGGUCACAUUCGAGAUCGACGCCAACGGUAUCCUCCAGGUAUCCGCUGAGGACAAGGGCACCGGCAAGAAGGAGAAGAUCACCAUCACCAACGACAACAACCGUCUCUCCGAGGAGGAUAUUGCUCGCAUGGUCAACGACGCCGAGAAGUUUGCUGACGAGGAUGCCAAGGCCAAGGACAAGGUUGAGGCUAAGAACGAGCUUGAAGGCACUGCCUACUCACUCAAGACUCAGCUCAAUGACAAGGAGAAGUUGGGUGGCAAGGUCACCGACGAGGAGAAGGAGACUCUCCUUGAGGCCGUCGAGGAGGCAAUCAGCUUCGUCGAGAAGAACGCCGACGCUUCGCCAGAAGACCUGAAGAACCAGAAGAAGGAGCUCGAGUCCAAGGUUCAGCCAAUCAUUAGCAAGUAUGGUGGUGCCGGUGGUGCUGGUGGUGCAGGUGCUGGCUCACCACCACCCCCACCGUCCUCCGAAGACAAGGAUGAACUGUAAAUUUAGUACCAACUUACCUAGGCUCUUUUCUAUUUUACCCAAUCAUAUCGGAACCUUUUCAUAUUUCUACAUAAAAUCUUCACAUUUGACCAAAACAUUUUAUGCUGUAGCGUGACCUUGAAUAUUCUUGGGUGCCUCCGGCAAUAACCUCAUGUGACAUUAUUGCAGUUUUUUUUGCUCUGCAACUACCUCUGAAAGACUGACCAAGAACAAUAACACUGAAAUGUUGGUGAUCAUGCUCGAUGA